CACGUCUGACGCGCUGAACACGCACUUUUGGAAAUCUAAAAAAACUAUAGUAGGUCUAAUGACAAUAAAAAAGGAUGACUCUAAAUACCAUAUUUAUGACGAAGCAUGGCAUUCCCGGGAAAGCAUUAACUGAUGAAUCGAGCUGAAGGGCGUGAGAGAUAAUAAAUAGAGAGGGGAGCGGACAGAGCAGCAUCCGUCUGACAGACAGACAGACAGACCGCCUCACCCUCCAUCAGCAGAUACAACACUGUAGCGAUGAUGUUCCAGGGGCUGAUGUUGCUCUUUCCCGCGGCGCUGCUGUCAGUCGCCGCCUCGCAGCUGAUGACUUUCAAAGCAACGGACCCGACGACCGGGACCCCGGUGGAGUGCGACCGCUGCCCCCCGGGAACCUACCUGCUGGCGCGCUGCACGUCCACGCAACGCAGCCAGUGCGCUGCGUGUCCUGCGGGCUCGUUCACGGAGCUGUGGAACCACAUCAGCAAGUGCCUCCGCUGCGGGGUGUGCGGCCAGAACCAGGUGGUGAAGACGGCGUGCACGGCGAACAGCGACUGCCAGUGCCAAUGUAAACAGGGGUAUUACUACCGGGAGGACCGAGAGGAGUGCCUGCCCCACAGCCGGUGUCCGACCGGGCAGGGAGUGCUGACCCAAGGUACGGCUGAUGAGGACACGGUGUGCCAAAUCUGUUCCAACGGCACCUUCUCCGACACCGUCUCUUCUCACCAGAACUGCACGGAGCACAAACACUGCCACGCUGCAGGGAUGCACCUGGUGGUGAGGGGCUCCACCUGGCACGACAACAUGUACACGACCUGCGAAGAACACAAUUCAAGAGAUGGAGCCGAAUACCUCAGAGAAAUCCUCCCCACUUUCUUCGUCCAUCACCAAAUUCCCAUCAGGCGGCUGCGACGAAUUGUGCAAAAGCUCCCGUCUAAGGACGGCAGUAGACACGCAGGAACUUCAGGACUGAGCACCUCUGCUUUAAAUGAACAGCUCAAUGCUUGGGUCGCUUCAGCCACAGCGAAACAAAUUCGGCAACUUCCAGAUAUACUGACCAAAGCAGGAGCAAACAGCGCCGGUGACAGACUACACAACAAGCUGCAGAGAAUUGAUUCUAAUGUAGCUGAGCUGUGUGCUUCAAGGAACGACGUGCAUGUAGUUUUUAUGGCGGAGUAGGUUUCAGUAGAAAAUAUCUUGUUCUAGGUACGAAAGAGUUUGACCAGUUCAAUGAUAAUUUAAAAAAAUGCUGCCCUAUUGCAGAUGCACUGCCAAUACAGUCAAUUAGAGGAAUAGAUAAUUUACUUACAUCUGCAUCUAGCUAAUUACAGUUCAAUCCUUUUUUAGUGAGUUUUAGUUUUUGCUGGGUUUCUUCUGAAAUGGACCAAACAAUUCAAACUUAAUUGUGUCACCUAGCUUGAAAUGACCAGUCCUGUGUAACCAAAAACAAACAAAAAAAAUGAAUACAUGUUAUAAUAAAGUAUGCAAGGCAAAAUGUUUUGGAGGACACUUCAUUUCAGGUCAGGUGAUUGACAGGAGUAAUACAA